AUGUCCGACGAAGUAUCGAGCUUCUUGCGAGACGUGGAGCAGUUGAAGGGACGCCGCACCGAAGAGGAUGAAGCAAGGUCGAGGGAGCUCGAGGAGAAGAUACUGCAGGAGAGGCGCGAGAGGCAAGCACGCCGUGAAGAACGAGCAAGGUCCAUCUCACCACAGAAAUCCUCACCUGCCAACACUCCCCCGCCUUCGUCGCACCGCAAUCAUAAAUCAUCGCAGGCCUCUCUGGAUGGUGUGAGCCUUGAGAAACCACCAAAUUUCCGAGGCCCGGAUACCGCGAAUUCUUCCAAUGAGGAUAGAGUGGGCUCCCCCGAGUGCCACCAGUCUACAUCUCCUACCAAAGAGAACAACUCGCCAGCCGACAUCGAUUCAAAAUCUGCGAGCAUGACAUCUCCCACCGACGCAACGUCCCCGACGCGCACACUCUCAUGGCAACGAAGACCGCCUUCGCGUGGCGCUGAUCGACCGAAGAGCCGUCCGCUAUCCGUGUUCGCCGCUGAAAACGCAGUCGCCCGGUCUUCAGCAGAGCAAACCGAUUCCACACCAUCACGGGACCAGAUCGCGCAAUCGCUGGCAUCCAAAGACCCUGCGUGGUUCCGACAGACCGCAGACCGAGGCCAGAGCUCACCAGCCUACCGUCGUAGCCAGGUCGAGGAUGAUUCAGAACGAACAGACAUGUCUGCUUUCAAGGUAGAAAUGCCAGGCAUGUCGUCGCAAUCCUCCCAGGCUUCGGCCGAUAACCAAAGACCGCAGUCGACUUCGACUCAUGUAAGGACCGGCUCGGCCUUGUCCCUCGGGCCUCUUCAGCGGUUGGACCCUCCAGGAGCCGACGCCUCACGAGAUGGCGAUUCGCCAUCUCAUGAUCGAUCGUCUGUCACAUCACCCACUCCGGGAGGACGUCGUUCUCCAAACAGGCCACUCUCCCCGACCAAAGGCAUGGGUGGCUUUGUGCAGAGCGCUAUGAUGAAAAGGACUGAUAGUGUCAAGAGAUGGAGCGUGAGUUCGCCGACUGGUUUGCAGCGUGCCGACACGGUCACGUCACACCGGAAUAGCGUCUCGGACUUGAAUCGUGGCGGGCCCCUUCAGCCAAACUCUCGACCGGCUAGCUUCUAUCAGAGUGUCUCAAGGCCAUCAUCACGGCCUUCAUCCAGGCCGAAUUCCAGUCACGCCAACGAUGAUGCGCCUCCACCUGAAGCGAGUUCGAGUGCGAGCGGCAGCGGCGAGGGACCACCACAAAGCGACGAAGAUAAGAAUACAGAUAAAGAUGCGGAAGACAAGACGACACCGCCAACAAGUCCGUCCAAGACUAUGGAUCCCAGGCGCUGGAGCCCAUCCAAGAAUUCGAGUUGGCUGGAGGCAGCGCUUAACAAGCCAGACUCGCCGAAGCCUAAGCCGGCCCCACCACCAAGCUCACAGCCAGCUUGGAUGGUUGAGUUGAACAAAGCCAAGGCCCAGAAGGCUAACAAUCCCGAUGCCGAGAUUGCGCGUACGUCCUCAGUGAAGCAUGAGGUCAGGGUAGGUGGCCUAAUGCGUGCUCCACCCAUGGGUACAGGUGUGAAACCGACACCGCUCCCAGGUAAGCUUCAAUCCCAGUCAAUAUCACUGGGAGUCGAGAGCUCGCCUAUCCCCAGUCUGCGCAACCGCUUCUCCAACCCCGCGUUUGCGUCGGAAGAUGGUGGCCAGGCCCAGGGUGGUGAACCUGCCGAGCGGAGAGUUGGCUCUCCUGCUUUUGGCAAGCCCAAACCCGAGACACCACCAAAGAAAGAUUUCCGAGGUACCCUCAAGUCUUUCCAGCCUCCUCCGUCUGCUUCUCUUGGCGGCGAUGGCAACGAGCUCAAAAACGUGUUUGGCAGUCUGCGGAAGACCAAGACGCAAAACUAUGUUGCGCCAGACACGUUCAAGGACAAUAUAUUGCGUGGCAAGGACGCUCUCAAUAUCACGGGCGGGCCCAAACCCUCGGUACGUAAGGACGAAUUCAAGGAUGCCAUCUUGCAGAAGAAGGCCGAAUUUCAAAAGGCCAAGGCGGAGGGCCGCGGCGUUACUAGGGCGGCGGGCGAGCCUAAAGACCAACCGAUCCCAGAGGGACUGGCCAAGGCAUUAGAGCAGCGAGGACGUUCAAGCACACUUUCUGCCACCAAGAAGGAAGCAGCAUCGUCCGAGCCUAGUCCCAAGACUGCUGCCUCGACCGCGAAGCCAGAAAGGACCAGCAGCGUCCCUAUGGGUGAUCGAGAAGUGGUCGGCGCUUCUGCUAAACCUCAUGCCAACACUGUACCCAAGGUCGCAGGCGGACGUCUUGCAGACCGUUUCAACCCGGGCUUGGCCAAUCUAUUGGCCCGUGGGCCCCCUGGUGCCGGGGGACCGAGUAAAUCGUCGGACCCGAGCUCAGCCGAGGUAGCCUCCGAGGAGCCUUCGGCCCCUGGGCCUCAGUUGACCCAUAUGACUAAGGGUCGGGCGCGAGGACCACGCAGGAAAGCGCCAACUUCAGUCGCCCAGCCAGCGCAAUCACAGCCUUCAGAGCCCCAGAAACCAGCUCAUUUGCAACCAAGGCCUGAGCCAGCUCCGACUCUCCAGGAUGAAGGAAAGGUCUCUCAUGUUGGCAAUCCUGCCGUUAAGUCCCCAAACUUUGUACAAGAGACCGAAAAGUCCCGGCCGAUUUCCGGCAGUGGCCAAGCGGGUCCUGCCGAUGUUGUCAGUUUGGUAGACUCCUCCAAAAACGCAGUGUUUACGUCUCAUGUAUCAGCACCCGCAGGAAGUGUCAUCUCUUUGGUUGACUCAACGAGGCCACGAUCGCCAACCCGCAAGAUUCACGAGCAAGUGGCCGCCCUGGCAGCUCGAAGCAAGCAUGGUGGGGCCGAUGCACCUGCUUCACAACCAUCUUCCCCGAAGAAGUUGGACGUCAAACGGAUGUCAAAGUUUUUCGAUGAGCCCAGCCAAAAUAGCCAAAACCCCGAGGGCGACGCACCGCGUCCCCUUUCACCGCAGAAGACCGGAGGGUCAGCGAGGCCUCUCUCUCCGCAAAAGACUGGCGCCAGACAGUUUCCAGAAGUAGAGCCACCUCGGGCCCUGUCGCCACAAAAGACAGGCGGUAGGCAGUUCCCCGAGAGCGAAGCACCGCGUCCCCUCUCACCGCAAAAGACCGGAGGGGCACCAAGGCCUCUCUCUCCGCAAAAGACUGGCGGCAGACAAUUUCCAGAAGUAGAGGCGCCUCGAGCUCUGUCGCCACAAAAGACAGGUGGCAGUCGAUUCCAAGAAGGCGAACCUCUACGGGCCAUAUCACCGCAAAAGACUGGAGGUGGUCGAUUUACCGAGGCCGAGACUCCUCGCCCACUCUCUGUGCAUAAGACAGGCCCAUGGCAGCAACCUGUUGCUGAGUCACCACGCCCGCUGUCCCCUCAGAAGACGGGAGGGCGUAUGAUUUCGGACCAGGCAGCAAUACGGCCUCUAUCGCCUCAAAAGACAGGCGGGCGUCGAUUGCCCGAGGCGACUCUGUCGCCCUCAAAGGACGCCCAAACUAGCAAGCCAACCUCCCCCUUCGAAGGUGCCUCUACCACGACUGAACAACCGGUUAUUGCAACGAUUCCAUCAUCAGCACCCGAACCACAAAGGAGUGGCCUGCACUCACGGUCCUGGUCUCAGAAUAAGAUUCGUCCGCUCCCCAUCCAGCCCCGGGAUGGCCGAAGUUCUCCUCAGCCAACGUCACCUCUCCGCUCGCCAACAAAAUACGCCUCAGAGAUUGCAACGGAGCUUAACGAGUUCUUUGGCCGCAGCCGACCGAAACGCGAUUACAGCGUGGAUGCGGCCGAGCUGUUGAUGAACCGCCCUCCCGAGCCCGCCAAGGUCAAGACGCAAUCGGUGCAGCUGUUCCGCAUCGAUCCCGACGGCAAAAAACAGGCCGUCCCCGCUCACCAGGAAAGGAUGCUGUUCGAGUGCGAGAUGUACCUGUGCGGCCACACGUUCCUCGACGGGUCCGGACGCCAGGUUUCCGAGGUCUACUUUUGGGCCGGCGACCAAGUUUCCCCAUCCGCCAUUGAAGAUGCUCAGCUCUUUGUGGGCCGCGAGGCGCGUGCUCUGGGCGGGAAGCUGAUUGGAUUCCCGCAAGGCAAAGAGACGCCCGAGUUUCUCCAGGCUUUGGGUGGCAUCGUAAUCGUUCGCCGCGGUUCCAGCAACAAGUACGACUCGCUGGCUCCGAGCAUGCUUUGCGGUCGGCGAUUCCAGGGGCAAGUGACCUUUGACGAGGUUGACUUCUCCCCUCACAGCCUCUGCUCCGGUUUCCCCUACCUAAUCACACAGAACGGCAAAUGUUUCUUGUGGAAGGGUAAGGGAAGUGAUGUGGACGAGCUCUCGUGCGCCAGGCUGAUAGGUAUGGACCUGGCUCUGAUGGGCGAGCUUGUCGAGGUCGAUGAUGGCAACGAGCCAUCCGAGUUUUGGAACAUAUUUGAUGGCCAGAUGCGGGCUGGAUCAGCUGAUCAUUGGCGACUGAAGCCGAACUAUCAAAAAUACUGCGGUAGACUGUUCCGCUCCGAUGCUGGUGCUCAGCAACAGGUAAGAAUAGACGCCAUUUCAGAUACCGCGAGCCUACUUAUCAUGGGAGAUUUGACUGACCAACAUGUCUUUGCCGAUCAGAUUGCAGAGAUUUCCCCCUUCAGCCAGGUAGAUCUGGAUCCCGCAGGUAUAUACAUCAUUGACUGCUUCUUCGAGAUGUAUAUCGUUGUCGGGUAUGGCGCUCAACCUCAGUACGCCUCAUUCCGCAACGCACUCGACUUUGCGCAAGAAUACGCCAUACUCGCAUCCUCCAUGGAAGACCGCCCAUUUGUGCCCAUAUCGACUGUUGUGCUCGAGGGUAUCCCGAGGGACCUGAAGAGCGUUUUCCGCAAGUGGAGGGAUGCCGCCAGUCCGACAAAAAUGAAUGCAGGCGGCAGCGGUUCAAGUAACGGCAGCACACCCCUGGGAAGUCCUGGGUUGCAAAGGGGUCGGAGCCUGCGCAUCGUGCCGCUCAACCAGGCGCUUUUGGCGCUGGCCGAAUAA